AUGGGCUGGGGCAAGGGCAAAGGCGGUGGACAGGGCGUGUGGAACCCCUGGUUCAACCCCAUGAUGAUGGCCAUGAUGAAGGGCAAGGGCAAGGGGAAAGGCCUCCGGGGCUUUGAGCAGAAGGUGAAGGUCUGGAUCGGCGGCCUCCCUGCAGAUAACUGCAGCAUCGAGCUGAACAAGAAGCUGAAGGAGCACAUGUGCCAAGCGGGCGGCACAUGCGUCUACGCAGAGGUCGGGAAGAGCGGGAACGCCGGUGCAGCCUUCAAGACCGAGGAAGAAGCGCAGGCCGCCAUCACCGCAUUGAACGGCUCCGUCUUCGAGGGCGUCCCCAUCGAGGCCUCCCUGGGCACAAAAAGCUUGGCCGGCCAGAGCUGGGCAUUGGGCACGGUUCUCUGGUGGGCUGACUGCCAGGCAUUGACCAUUUUGCGGUCAGAGUCGGACACUGCGAUCUUCUCCACCUUUCUUUCACGGAAGGUCACCAGGACCUUCUGGCAGAUCUCGGUGAAUUUCAAGCGGCCGGCGCCCCAGAGCGUCCGAGAAGCCCGAAGUCUGGAGCCCUUUGAAAAGAAGCAGUGCCUCUUUGCGCGAUGCCUUAGCCGCGGCGCGAACCGCGUCUUCCGCAUGUGGAGUAAAGGAUGGGACAACCGCGGGGUGUCGGCGCCAGUGGGCUCCAAUCCCUUCGCCCCGGGCGGCGCGGCCCCGGGCGGCCCGGGCGGCGGCGGAGGUCGGGGGCCGGAUGAAGCGGCCACAGGGCCCAUGCUGGGCAGAGGCUCUGAGUUGCAGAAGGUGUACUACAUGCCCCACAACAUGGGCCACAACGAUGGCAUGGUUAUGGCGGAGAACAAGAUCUUCUCUGGGGGUCGCGAUGAGAACCUUUUCGUCUGGCGUGCGGAGAAGAAUGCUUCUGGGGAGCUUCAAUUGGUGCAGGAUUGCCCCUCAGUGCACUUGGGUUCCAGCGUCACCUCCCUGUGCUACGAGGCCGCCUCCACGUGGCUCUUCUGCGGGCUUUGGAGCGGCGAGAUCCGGGCCUUCUGCAAGCAGCCGGUCAAGGAGGAGCGGCUCACGGGCCACCGCCGCUCCGUGACCUGCCUCCAGGUGCACAGCUCAGUGCUGAUUUCCGGCUCCAAUGAGGGCACGGUGCGCCUGUGGACCGCGGCCAAUGGAUCCUUCCAGUGCCAUGGGCAGCCGCUGACCAAUCCUUCAGGCCCGGUGACCUGCCUCCGAGUCUUCAAUGGGGCGCUCUGGGUGGGCGGGCAGACGGGCAUCAGCUGCUUCGACCUGGGCUCGCUGCAGGCACGGGGCACCAUCGCCUCCCAGCAGCAGGUCACAGGACUCUUGGAGUGCCAAGGCUUCAUGAUCGCCACGUUCCGCAACGGCGAGGUGAGUAUCUACGACGCCUCAGGGGGUCAGAUCUUCCAUCGGCCGCCCAUGGGGGAGCACACCUCAAACACAGCGGUGGAGUUGAUGAUGCACCCCACGGCCAACAAGCCGAUGCUCCUUUGUGGCCAGCUUUACGGCUAUGUAACGGCCUACGACUUGCCAGAGUUCAAACCGCGGGGGAGCUUUUGCUGCAAAGACCGCUCAGAUGUCAAGGCCAUUGUGGACGCCAAGGGCGAUGGAGUCUUUCUGACUGCCGGGCUGCAUGGUGACAUCAUCGUGUGGCAGUGGGGCGGUGCUGGUGGCGCCAGCCCGUUCACGCCAGGAGCGAGCCCUUUCGCGCCUGCCGCUGCCGUGCCCAGCGUAGCAAAUCCCUUCGCGCAGGGACAGGCCGGCUGUGGAGGCGGCUGCUGUGGCUGUGGCGGCGGUUGCCCUGGCGGACCGGCUGGUGGCAUGAUGAUGUGA